AUGGCUAAACAAAAUAACCCCACAAAAAAAAGUUUAUCGGUGCUUCUAUCGAGAGUCGACGAUAGCUCAGGGAAGGAUGAUAGUGAUUCUCAACGUCUGAGUGCGGUGGAAGAUCACUACGAGUUCGCUCAUACGCCAAGACACUCUCUUGGACGCAGUCCGCCUGCAAACUCGAGAGCGAGUCUUGGUGUCGCAGUUUUUGAUAAAACCGUAUUUAGUACCCCGGUAGCGAUCACGCCUAAAGCGAUGGACGAUGUGACGGGAUCUAAGAGGAAGAGAAAUGGUGAUAACACUUUGGGAUCAUCCGGCAAGAGUGAACUUAACGAGAAAAAGUCCUCUCUAUCUGGCGGAAAACAAACACGGAAGAAGAAGAGACAGAUGAAACUAACCGAAGACUCGGAAGUGGAAUCCCUUUCAGACAAUGAAAAGGUGAAAGAUUUAGAUGAUCUUGAGGCACAGUCCACGCCUGCCAUUGCCAGCGUCGUCAUGGAAUGUGUGGACGAAAUAGAGAGAGUAAGGAUUACGUCAUCAAAUCUGAAAGGUACUUACCAGAAAGCGUUGAAGGUAGCCGAGGACACGAUGCGGACAGCUUGUGCUGAACUCGCGGCGCGAGCGUCGGCUUCCACGCAAAAAGGGAUGACGCCUCUGAAAAAAGAAAAUGAAAAGUUAAGAAGCUACAUUAAAAACCUUGAAGAUAAAUUAUCCGAUAUGGAAAAGGAGAAACAAAGGGCCAAAAAGAGCCCACCCACACGUACAAUCUCGGAGGAGAUUGCCAAUUUAGGCAAGAUCCUCAACGAAUCAAUAGAGAAAAGAUUUACGGCCUUUAGGAUGGAAAUGAUAUCUUUAAUCGCGGAAUCAAUCAAGCGUCCAGAGGACCAACGGAUAGCGAGCGAAAGCAGUAGGAAGCCGGAAAAAUUGACGGUCAAGGAGGGUCCGCAACGAGAAGAUAACCUAAACGGUCCUGCGAAUGCUAAUCCUGCACCGUGGAUGAAAAUAGGUAGGCGGAAGAAAGCUACUCUUGUACCAUCGGAGAAAGAAGAGAUGACUCCGAACUUAGCACGCAAAGCUAUACCAAGCAAGGCGGAUGAUUUAGACAAAGACGUCCGUGAGAAGAAGAUCAAGAAGGUGAAAGAUUCUGCGGUCGUUCACCUGAUUCGGGAAGAUGGAUGCAGUAUGGACUUCGCACAAAUCAUGCGUGAAGCGAGGAGUGAAAUUAACUUGACUGAAUUAGGCAUCAUGGGCGUGCGUCCUAGAACUUCCAUGUCUGGAGGGCUUCUCUUGGAAAUUCCUGGCAGAGGACAGUCUGAAAAAGCUCUGGCGCUGGCAGGAAGGUUACGAUCCCUUCUAGAAAACCAGAAGGUGAAGGUAUCAUGCCCUAGGCGUACCCGCGAGGUCAUUCUAUCUGGCUUCGACCUUUCGGUGACGCCGAAGGACAUUAAAGAGGCAAUCGAGAGCAAAUCAGGGGACAACGACGACCUGAAAAUCGGUGAGAUCAAGAGAAAUAGACUUGGGGUGGGUAUGGUAUGGAUUAAAUGCGCGGAGUGUACUGCGCACGAGCUGCUGAAGUUAGGUAGAUUACGUGUAGGGUGGUCAGACGCCAAAAUCCAAGCGGUGGAGCAAAGACCCUUGCAAUGCUUCAAGUGCUGGAACUUUGGCCAUACAAGGGACAAAUGCACGAGUGGGACCGAUAGGUCUACCUGGUGCUUUAAGUGCGGUGAAAAAGAUCAUGUAAUUAAAGAAUGUACAGCCACAAUAGCGAAAUGUCGCCUGUGCGAGGACGCCAAUAGAUCGGCCAACCACCGAAUGGGUAGUCAGUCAUGCUCAGCGGUUAGGCCUUUGAGGAGGAUAAACAGUGUGACUACGAAUCGAGCAAAACCUGAAAAAAAGAAGAAUGAUAUACUUACCUCGGAUGAUAACUUGACGACGGCCACGGAGAGCAGCAGAUACCCGUCGGAACCUGAAAAAACCAGUGUACUUACCUUAGAAGACGAAUCAGCUACGAUGAUGCUAGAUGGUGAUGGGAAGUCCGGAGGCACCUCCUACCGGGAACCUGAAAAAGGAAAAAAAUAA